GCCUGAUACAGGAAGACACGGAACGCGCAGAGAAGUUUCUUGAUGAAUUGAGUAAGGUGUACAGGUAUAUGCUAAGGAAUGAUGAAGACCCGUUGGUUAAAUUAUCAAUAGAGCUGCAGUUUAUCACUUCCUAUUUUGCGUUGUUGAAAGAAAGAUAUGGUGAAGCCGUUCAGCUCGAACUGGCAGUAACCGCUGAAGACAGGGAAAAAUGCCUUCCCCCAUUGAGUUUACAGGUGAUAGUAGAAAACGCAUUGUAUCAGAAUAAAACCAGUAAAACUUCACCGCUACGAAUCACCAUUGCGUCGGGUGAUAACAAUACCAUCGUGAUCAGUAAUAAUGUUCAAAGGAAGAUAUUAACGGAGACCAGCGACCAGGAAUCAGGGCUGGACAACCUGAUAAAGAAAUACCAGUUGAUGUCUGAGCAACCGGUCGAGAUAAGGGAGAAUGGGACGGAAAGAAUGAUUGUGCUUCCUCUCAUUAAUAAAACAAUGGAGAAAAUCCGCGAACUCCAUCAUUCGCAACAACGACUUCUCCAUGGUGUCAUUCUGCGGAUCAAUACUCCAGAGUAUAUCAUCCAUGGCUGUGAUCAUGUUAUGACUCUUUACGCUGAUUUGAUCGAUGUAUUCCUUCGAGCGAUCAAUAUCCCUGUCAGCCUUGAUCCUGGCCAUUUCGCUAAGCAGGUUGAUAUUGUUGAGCGUAGUAUUAACUUCCUCAUGCAGGUUACCUGCUAUUUCCGUGCGUACGCGCUGAAGCACUACCAGCCGGUUGAUUCGCUGGCGAUCAAGCCAGAAAAUGACGGCAGCAACAAAU